AAUAUAAGUUGAAGGUGAAAGUCUUCUUCCAUCCCGUUCGCAAGCCGCUCGGGUUACUGGUUAUUACAGCAUCUAGGAAAAAGAAACCAUGUCGGUAUUUUGUGAGGUCCCACAAGCAGUCCCUGUAGCUGUUUUCAAGCUAACGCAAGACUUCAACAACGACCAGUUUCCCAAUAAGGUGAACCUCGGAGUGGGAGCCUACAGGACAGAUGAAGGCAAGCCCUGGGUUUUGCCAGUGGUGAAAAAGGUGGAGAAGAUCAUUGUGCAUGAUGAUAGGCUAAACCACGAGUACCUGCCUAUCCUGGGUCUCCCUGAGUUCAGAUCAUCUGCCUCCAAGAUUGCACUGGGAGAUAACAGUCCUGCUAUCCAGGAGGACAGGGUGGGAGCUGUCCAGUGCUUGGGUGGUACUGGUGCUUUAAAAAUAGGUGCAGAGUUCCUCAGACGAUUCUAUAAUGGAAACAACAACACAAAAACACCCGUCUACGUGUCUGCACCUACUUGGGAAAAUCACAAUGCUGUAUUUGCCAGUGCUGGCUUGGAAGACGUCCAUCCAUACAAAUACUGGAACGCAGAGAAGAGAGGUCUUGAUUUGGCUGGUUUCCUUGGUGACUUAGAGAGUUGUCCAGAACGCUCGAUCGUUGUCCUGCAUGCCUGCGCCCAUAAUCCAACUGGAACAGACCCCACACAGACGCAAUGGAAGCAAAUCGCUGAAGUUAUGAUGAGGAGGAAGCUUUUUGUGUUCUUCGACUCGGCCUAUCAGGGAUUCGCCUCAGGUAGUCUGGAGAAAGAUGCCUGGGCCAUACGUUACUUUGUCUCCAUGGGCUUCGAAAUGUUCUGUGCUCAGUCGUUCUCCAAGAACUUUGGUCUCUACAAUGAGCGUGUUGGCAACCUGACAAUUGUGGCCCAUGAUGGAGACAACCUGAAAAGGAUUCUCUCUCAGAUGGAGAAGGUUGUCAGGACCACCUGGUCCAACCCACCGUCUCAGGGAGCUCGCAUAGUUGCUGUCACUCUUAACUCCCCAGAGCUCUUCUCUGAAUGGAAGGACAAUGUGAAGACCAUGGCUGACAGGGUCUUGCUGAUGAGGGCUCAGCUGAAAGCCAAGCUUCAAGCACUGGGAACACCAGGGACCUGGGACCAUAUCACUGACCAGAUUGGCAUGUUCAGCUUCACAGGACUGAACUCCAAACAAGUGGAAUACAUGGUGAAGGAGAAACAUAUCUAUUUAAUGGCCAGUGGUCGCAUCAACAUGUGUGGUUUGACCACCAAGAACAUCGACUAUGUGGCCGAGUCCAUCCAUGAGGCCGUCACUAAAGUGCAGUAGAAGAAAAUAUCCUUAGCUCUCAUCAUUCCCUGCUGCUGGGCUCUGAGCCGAUCUGAUCCCAGGGACAUUUGUUUCCAAAGAUUUUUUGCCACAGAUAUAAACUUGCCCAGUUUCCUUUAUGUUUUAACUAAAGAUACUGUAGAUAUCAAUCUUGUCAUAUACCACAAAACCUUUUAGAUCAUUACAGUUAUGUUAUCAUGUUCAUAGGUUACUGUUUUAUCUUCUCUUUGUUUGUCACUUACGUAAAGCAUCUUAUUUACUUUUUCCCUUUUAUUUUCCACAUGUUGUGUAUUAUUAGUUAAUUGUUAAGGAUUGUUUAGAUGAUUAAGAACUCUGUGACUGUAUAAAUAGAAUUACAGUUACCUCAGCAGUGCUGACUCUUGUCUAUAAAUGUUCAGUGUUAUACUGUAAUUCCUUUAAUCAAAGUGAUAAUAGCAUAUUUCCACUUUUAUUUACUUAGCAGCAGCUAUUGCUAAAAACACUUAAAACAGGGCAACAUUAACUGAACCAAACUGACUGACAAACCUCUAGGAAACAGAUUUAAUGAAUGAUAACUCUUAUUGCUGGAUGAAAUUUAAAUGCUUGUUCUCAGGAUUGUGUUGUACUUUGCAUAUGUAAUAAUAAUUAUUAUUAUUAUUAUUAUUGUAUUUGCUAAAGUCUUCUGCCCACUCGGGUUGCAAUAAUUACCUCACUUUAAAUCUGAAUUCAUGUAGUGUUUUUUUUCCCAGCUUGAAUUAACAUAAGCACAAAUGACAACGAAUGAUCUCAAAAGAGAAAUCUGAGCCCUGCAAUUCUGCUGAAGGUUUGGAUGUUUCCAGUUCUGUCAGGUACCUGCCUGUAUAUGUUGACUGCCCAUAGUACUAGUGUAAUAUUAAGCAAGACUCAUGAGACAAACACAGUAAUCAUCAACCAGGCUGCUAUCAAACAGUAUCUCUAUAUGCACAGUGCACCUGUAAAAAUGUUUAGUCAAGGUGGAAGAUAGGGAUAGGAUGACUGACUUAAUCCAAUAAAGAACUAUAAAUAUUGUGUUUGCAUUGUUUGCACACAUGUUCAUGGGCACAUAUUAAGUAGAAGAUAAUAAUGAAAUAUUACAUGAGGAAAUAUAAACAGUGGAAACAAAAUGAGAAAGACGGGUAAUAGUCAAGUAUAUUUAUUAAUGUUGCAAUUAUUCCCUCUUUAGACUAUAUGGUACGUAUUUUCAUAUCUCUGUGUAACAUAUAUAAUCAUCUGAAUUUUAAAUAUAAAAUUUACCUUCGCUUGUUUAUCCUAAACAAUUUCCCAGUCUUUACAAAUAUAGAGCAAUGUAAACCUAUUGCAAAGUCUUUAAAAGCAUUCUGCUUAGAGUCCCUGACCCACAAAUCCUCUCUGUCUGAGUCAGCCGUCAGAUCAAAAGGCUUCCCCCUUGCUUGUUCUUUGUCUGUGGUGGGGUCAUUUUGAAUAGCUCAGCAGUGCAGUAUUCUUUGUACUUACGUAAGCAGAGUGAAUGAAAUCACUGACUGUCCCCACACACCACCUGCGUGCGAUUGUAUGUUUGGAUGGGGGGGGCGGUGGCGUGACGUCAGUCUGUGUCGUAUUGCUUUCAUCAGGCAAAUAUCAGCGUAGUUCACCUUGGACAUUUUAAAAUGAGUCAAAUCCUAUUUUACAUUAUUGCACUUGUACAUUUUUUUUUUCUUUUGAGAAAUGGCUUGAACAUUUUUUUUUUUUUCAUUGAGCAACGUACUGUUGCUCCAUCCCCUUGUGCCUUAUCAGCAACUCCCCGAAGGAUUUACUAUUAAACUUCAGGCUGCAGUCUUUUGCAAGACUCAUAAAAUCUACAUCUAGCUUAGUGGGGAGAAUACAGUAGAAAUCGGCAUCCUACUUAAUAUUCAUUAAUCUUUUACAUGAGCAUGCAAGUGUAAAUACAAGGAUUUCUAUGGGGACGAUUCAGCAGCAGAAACAUACAUGCAAUUAGCAACUACUUCUUCUAGAAUAUUCCUGUAUAUCCACAGAUCCAGAAAUCCCAGACGCUCAUAACCCCCCAGCUUAUUUUUAAGUGGUGUAUGUAGCUCCAGUGUCCCUGUAAGAGAUGAACUGUACAUAUGAAAAUUACAGAUAUAUGGAGAUAAUGGAAAUCAUCGUCAGUGCACGGACAGUGUUGACUGAAUGUACUCAAAUAACAGACUUACAAGCCUUUUUUU